AUGUGUGAGUGGUUGCCGUUAUGUCACCAUCAGGCGCCGGAGAAGUUAUACAAGCCUUUAGAAAAUGGCGCAAUCUACCAUACGACUACCAAUCAGAUUUUAAUUCGACAUGAGGCGGAGGAGGCGGAGGAGUCGGCAGCACCAUUUUAUAUUGGGUGUGACGCGAUCCCAAUUGCGGUGAGUUCGUCUUUGGUAAGGACGCGCCAGGAGAGUGAGGGUCAAGCAACGACAGCCUAUUCGGGUUCACUAUAUCUUGGGCAGAUCUGCAGUUUUCUCCCGACAUUGGAGAUUGCCUUGAUUCGCUCGAUCCAGAACGAGUUUUGUUUCAGCGAGAUCUCCCACGUGCGCAAGUGGGCGAAUUGUUCGGUGCAAUUUGAUGUGUUCCAGAGCCUGUAUCCCCUGAUAGUGAGCCAUACCCCCGAAGCCGAAUCGCGGCUGAGGCUCCAGAAGGCAGUCUGCACCCUCGACGCGACGGAUGUUCAGCGGUGCUGCCUUCGAAUUCAUGCGCCGCUACGGGACGGAAAAUCACAAGGUAGAAAGCGGCCGAGCUUCUACGUCUUGUUUUUCAAACAACUGGACAAAUGGAAAAGCUGCACCGAGAACCUGGACGAGCGGUUUCCCAUCCACGGUACGGACUUCAUUAACAGCAAUGAGGCGCCGAAAUCAGAAGCGGAAAAAAGCAGUGGCCGGACGUUCCACGACGAAGAUCGCGACUACUACCUCCUCGCAGUAGUACCCAUAUACGACAAUCGCCCUUAUCACGACCUUCCCGCUAUCUUCUGUUCCAUGGCCGACCGCAUUGUAAUCACCGCCGCUCGCGUGGGCACCGUAACCAUGUUCCAGGUCCUCACUGUCAAGUUUGAGUCGCUGCAACCACUUUCGCUCCCUCGCUGGAACAAGAGAUACGACCGAAUCCUAUCAAACGUGAAGCUCCAACCGGCUGCCUCCCAACUCCCUACGUCAGACUGUACGGCUACAAUCUCUCCGGAUAAAUCCCAGUCACUAACAAUCAAACCGCAUACGGCUGUCUUGAAGAAAAUACUCGACUUCCUCACCAGGGUCGAUCAGGACCCUUUACGAGCUGCUCUUUUGCUGCCUCAACUGAGUUACUAUCCUCGUGAACGUGUAAAUAAAAGGGGAACCGGCAAGUGCUGGUUAGUCUACAAACACGACAAGGUGGCUUCUUUGGAGAUGCCUCCUUCACGCAAGGCAGCGGUCGGCAAGGCAGCGGUCGGCAAGGCAGCGGUCGGCAAGGCAGCGGUCGGCAAAGAGGCUGCUGGGACGGGCACGGAAGCAGGCAAGGCCAAAAAGGGAGCUAAGAAACCUAAGCCUGACAAGUUGGUUACCAAGGUGGGAAACACGACGAUACGAGUGCAAAAUUGGGAACCGUUGACAUUUGGCGUCGGACCAAUUUCUCCGAAAGAGUUUCCAGUGGAGGCGACAGCUACCAGUGACUAUAUAACAAUAUACCUCCCCAAUACUCAGGCAAUUCCAGUCAGUGGUCCAUGUCUUUCAGUCGUCGAAAUAGAGUAG